GGAAAAGAUGGAAACUCAGCAUCGGAGUCUGUUGAGUUGACGAUCCAACCCCCACCCAACCCUUCCUUCCUUCCAAACUCCCAAUUUCUCUCUUUAGCCGAACCACCAAAACUACCAUUUUGUUCUUUACAGAGCCACUCGGAAUUCUGAAACCUCCCUCCCACUUUGCCAGCCACACACAGACUGUGACAUCUCAUCUUCUUCCAAAGUUCCCACUCUGCUUCUGAAUAAUCAGUAUCCAUGGCUUUGUUGAGACUUCAGACUGCUGAACGAAAUCUGUUCUAAUCCUCUCCUCCACUACUACCAUUGCUUUCCCUCCUCUUAUCACGCUCUCUCUCCGUUUCUACAAGUCACCGCCUCUCGCUUUUCCCACUACUCGUACGAUUGGCGGUCACGAUGCCCGGCCUGGUAUCCGUUAAAACACCGCCUGACUCUGCGCCGCUCCGUAUCUCCGUCCCCGAUGCCCAUACCCCACCUCAGAGAUCCGAGCCCGUUAACUCCAAGCCUCCUUCCCCGCUCCCCAAGAGGCUUCCUUCUCCUUCCCCUUCUCGAUCUAAAUUCUCUCCCAGGAAGCCCCCGCCCGAGUCCUCCAGCCCCAACCCUAAACCUAACCCUGAUCUCAACCCCAAUUCCCAGUCUGCUCUCGAGAACCCGGAUCUCGGCCCUUUCCUCCUCAAGCUCGCUCGAGAUGCCAUUGCGUCCGGCGAGGGCCCCGUCAGGGCCUUGGACUACGCUCUCCGCGCUUCCCAGUCCUUCGAGCGGUGCGCUCCGGCUGACGGCGAGCCCAGCCUGGACCUCGCGAUGAGCCUCCACGUUCUGGCCGCGAUAUACUGCAGCCUGGGGCGGUUCGACGAGGCAGUGCCGGUCCUGGAGCGGGCGAUCCGGGUCCCCGACCCUCCGAGAGGUGCGGACCACGCGCUCGCUGCGUUCUCGGGUCAUAUGCAGCUGGGGGACACAUACUCGAUGCUCGGACAGGUCGAUAAGUCCAUCCUUUGCUACGAAGAAGGGCUUAAGAUCCAGAUCGAUGCCUUGGGGGAGUCCGAUCCGAGAGUCGGAGAGACUUGCAGAUACUUAGCUGAGGCCCACGUUCAAGCGAUGGAGUUUGAUAGAGCAGAAGAGUUGUGCAAAAAAACGCUUGAAAUUCAUCGUGCGCACAGUGAACCAGCAUCUCUUGAAGAAGCAGCUGACCGCAGGCUGAUGGCUCUCAUAUGUGAGGCAAAAGGAGACUAUGAAACAGCCCUUGAGCACCUCGUCCUUGCCAGCAUGGCAAUGAUUGCAAAUGGACAAGAGAGUGAGGUUGCCUCUAUUGAUGUCAGCAUUGGAAACAUUUACAUGUUUCUCUGUCGCUAUGAUGAGUCUCUCUUUUCCUACCAGAAGGCACUUACCGUUUUUAAAUCAUCAAAGGGUGACAACCACCCAUCUGUUGCCUCUGUGUUUGUUCGCCUUGCUGACCUAUAUCAUAGAACAGGUAAGCUCCGAGACUCCAAAUCCUACUGUGAAAAUGCCCUGAGGAUAUAUGCAAAGCCUGUGCCUGGAACCACGGCAGAAGACAUUGCUGGGGGGUUGACUGAAAUAUCUGCCAUUUAUGAGUCUGUGGAUGAGCCUGAGGAGGCUCUGAAGCUUUUGCAUAAGGCAAUGAAAAUGUUGGAGGAUAAACCAGGACAGCAAAGCACAAUUGCAGGAAUAGAAGCACGAAUGGGAGUGAUGUCUUACAUGGUUGGAAGGUAUGAAGAAUCGAGGGACUCUUUUGAAAGUUCUAUAGCAAAACUUAGAGCUAGUGGAGAGAGGAAGUCGGCCUUCUUUGGGGUUGUGUUGAACCAAAUGGGAUUGGCUUCUGUCCAGUUGUUCAAGAUAGAUGAGGCGGCUGAGUUGUUUGAAGAAGCGAGGGGGAUUCUGGAACAGGAGUGUGGCCCAUGCCAUCAAGAUACCCUUGGAGUAUAUAGUAAUCUUGCAGCAACCUACGAUGCUAUGGGAAGAGUGGAUGAUGCAAUUGAAAUGUUGGAGCAUGUCCUUAAACUAAGAGAAGAAAAGCUUGGAAUUGCUAAUCCUGACUUUGAAGAUGAGAAAAGAAGGCUAGCCGAGCUCCUGAAAGAAGCAGGCAGGACCCGAGACAGAAAAGCCAAGUCACUGAAAAACCUCAUCGAUCCCACCUCAAAGAAGACAAAGAAAGAAGUGACAAAGAGGUGGCCUAGUUUGGGUUUUCGAAGUUGAAGAUAAAAAACAAAAAAAACAAAAGUGGCCGUUCUUCCAUAGCUAUCUGCUCCCCUUACACGUGCACAUUCAUUCUGUAGCAUAGAGGAUCAUGUAUAGAAUUGAAGUUGUAAUUUGGUGAGGUUUUUCUGAUGUGCUAAUUGCUUUUACUUUGAAUGUCGGUAUUGUCACCUUGAAGUUGUGCAUCGAAAGGAAAAAUGCCCCAUUAUUUGAGUGGAAAUAAGUUUGAUAACGUUUGUAA